AUGGGAAUCCAGAACUUUUGGACUCUUAUAGAACCGUCCGGAAGAAAUGUUUCCAUUGAAUGCAUGCGCGGGAAACGGUUGGCAGUGGACAUCAGCAUCUGGCUCCACCAGAUCAUUCAUGCGAUGCGUACUCCAACAGGAGAAACGGUCCCCAAUGCUCAUAUCUAUAUUGUCAUCUUUCGGCUGUGUAAACUCAUAUUUUACGGAAUAAAGCCCGUUAUUGUCUUCGAUGGAGAUGCCCCUGCGUUAAAAAAGCAGACCCUGAAGCGGAGAAGGGAAAAGGCCGAAAGAGCAAAGACGAAGAUGAACGAGAUUCAGCAAGAAAUGGCUCUAGCAAACCUGGUAGAAAAGGUGAAAUCAGGAGUGUGCAUUUUUACUUGA